AUGCUAACGUCAGGCACUUUGCGGACUGACACGCCUGCAGCUGAUGCAAUUGGCUACCGUCAGGUAUUGGACUAUUUCACCAGGCCCAAUGCAAGCGAAGAUGAUGUGGAGAGCUUCACUGCCUUUCUCCGGAGGUUUGCUGCAGCGUCCAGGAAUUAUGCAAAAUAUCAAAUGCAGUGGUUCAUGAAGGACUUUUCUUUCAUGUGGGUGCUGGCCAACCCAGCGAAUCCGGAAGAAGUUGGAGCAAAGCUCCAUGAUCUCUGUCGUUUGCGAAAGUCAAGUUUUCUUUCAAAGGCAAGCCAAGAUAAGGUUGAGCGUGAGAUGCAGGCAGAACAAGCAUCUGCCAUGGCCUGGACCUUCAAAAGUGAUUUGGAGGAAGGAGACCUGCCAAAGCAGGAACAGGCAGUACUUCUUUCAAGAGCAGACCAGUGUACACGAAGGGUUCCCCAAGCAGAACGACAGCAGCUUCCCUUGCUCUCCAGCUUUGUGCUAGAAAGUGGCGUGAAUGUGGGAAAGGUCUACUGGUUCGGGAGGCAUCGCAAGUGGGGUUGGGGCAACCCAUUGGGCAAGCUGCAUCGACAAGGGCUCCAGCUGUUUGGUGCAAACGGGUGGCAGGUGAUCAAGGAAGAUGAUGAUAGUGUCCUUCCAGCCUUUUGCUGGCCCGCCCGCCAAGCCAGCCACUUUCCAGCUCGUAGCUCGUCGGAAGACCUGCCACUGAUCCGACCAUUUCCCCAGGAGUUCACGAGGAGACUUGACAACAAGGCCAGCCUUGCAAAACUUCUUUCAGCAGGAGGAUGCCAUGACAUACACCCGGACACCUGGGAUGCGCAGAUCUUUCUGAAAGAACCACCAGUGUCGACGGAGUCAGAGGUGUUUUUCCUGAAGCACAGCCUCGGAGUAAAAGGCACGGGAGUGAAUGUAUAUCGUCGAGCUGCACUAAUGAGUCGCCUCAAUGCCUUGGGGCCAAAAGGUUGUGAGCCCUUCGUCGUGCAACGUUGUGUUGCACCUCCAGCGCUUCGAAACGGGCGUAAAUGGGUGAUUCGAGCCCACGCAUUGUUACACGGAAAAACAGAUGGCAGGCUGUGCCUUUUCUUACACAAUGAAAUGAUAUCUUUGGAGUACGGACAGGUGUACACAGAGCAGCCUGAGGUCAAAGCUGCCCAUGUUAGCAACAGCGCCAAGAUCAAGUACCUCCCAAAGCCUGAGCUCGUCCAAGAUGAUUCGCUGAUUCAACAGCUUCGAUCACUUACCCAAAGGCUAUUUGCUUCUGUCCUUGAGCAUGUGCCCAGAGGACCAUUCACACCCAAAGAAGCAGAACUGUGUCAGAUAUUUGGCUUGGAUGUGAUUCUCGACGGGAUGGGAAAAGCUUGGCUGCUUGAAGUCAACGACUACCCAGCAAUUGCAUCUGGAACUAUGGAGCAUGUGGACUUGAGGGUUUACACAAACCUUGUACGCGAUGUGCUUCGCCUGGUUGUGCUUCCAAAAGUCGAUGGCACAGUUUCUGCGCUUGGAGGUUGGCAUCCAAUUAAGCUGCCGGCAGCCCCAGCAGUGGCCGCCAAGCCGUCUGCUUUGGCAUUAGACGAUGAGUGCACAUUGGAGGAGUGUGCACUUGACGCAUUGCAAAGAAGAGCUCGGACAUUUGAGUUGCCGCCACCAAGUGAAGUGGAAACAGCGCCUGACGACGAGAACCUCAAGCCUGAUGAUGCUUCAGCUCCGGCAGAAUCUCCGAAAGAGACAGCCGAUGUCGGGGUUGAGGACGCCCCAGCUCCAGAAUCUUCAAACGACGCCGAAGUCAAUGGCGCUCAGGCCGAGGGCAGCGUGGGAAGCAGCAAUGGCACGACCUCAAAGGCUCCGAGCAACGCAAGCAAUUCCUCGGCCACUGUCAGCCAGGACGUGGAUGCAGAUAGCAAGGCAAACGUCACUGGCAACAACACCAAUGCAUCGGUGAACGUGGAGGCCAAUUGCGCGGAAGCGUAUGCGCAGUGCGGUGGCAUUGGUUGGAAAGGUGCCACUUGCUGCAAAGGAGGCAGACUUUGCCAUGAGGAAGUGACUAUAGCAAACAUCCCGACGACGACUACAACCACUACAAAUAAAGAUCCGGAGCACUGCCAGCUGGGGUAUCAGCAAUGUGGUGGACUGACCACCAGUGGAGUUCCUUUCAUUGGAAAGCCAUGCUGCGAGGGAGGAUAUUAUUGCACAGAGGUCAAUGAGAACUACAAGCAAUGUGAGCCUCCCAAGAAGGGCGGCCCCCACUUCGUGUACAAGCCGUCGGAGCAGCUAAAGAAACCCAGCGAUGCACCGCUCUUCACCUUCUAUGUCUACAGAGCCGAAUCUGACGAUGAAGACUACGUCACAAAUGUCAAUGUUGCAAAUUUGCCUCGAGUGAUGUGGUAUCUCCACAACGAGGUUGUCUGGCAGACGCCACGCAAGUUCAACAUUUCCAGGAUCUACCGGCACAAGAUUUCGACACGUGCGACUGCACCUCUCUUUGCCCUUGGCAUGAAUUUUGGAGUUCGCUUUGCCUACGACUCUGCCCAGUGCACAGGUCCUUGGAAUUGCGAUCUGAAUUUUGAGAAGUAUGGCUAUUUUGUUGGAUGCAAUAACCUGGGACAAUUUCCGUUUCCAACAUACAAGAUUUAUUAUGAUGAUGCCAAGUGGUACACUCUUCCGGGCCCGUGCUCUUCCAACACCUUUGCGGACUGCUGUUACCCUCCCGGCCCUCAUGUAGCAUCCCCCUCACUGGCUUCUUUGGCAACAAACACUUACUUUUCCACCAGACCUGUCAACGUUCAAGAGCAAAGUGCACAUUUUGAUAGGUGCUGAGGACAUCAGACCCAUCUUCGAACUGUUUCUCAAAGAACCCAUUGAUCUUGCAAGCACGGACUAGGGCAGGGUAUUGCGGGCCUGCGCUCCAUUGUGCGUGAACAUCCUCUUGGGGAUUUGCUCGUUAAUUGUUUGUUUCUUUGGAAUGCUUAUUUAAAAAAAUUAUACCAGCGUAGACCCCAAACAGUUUGUGCGUUUAUGAAUCUAAGAAGUAAGCCACAGAGACGAACUGUCAAACAGUCAAUGGCUCAAACCGUUCCAGCUCGCGGUGAUCAACUCGGACCUUCUGG